GUUAACUGCCAUUAUUCGAUUAUUACCACACUACCGUUCGUAAUGGUCACUGUCUUCGAAACUGUUGAAGCUAACAAAGGGAUUCGUGGCAAAAAUAAGAUGCCCGUUUCGUCGCGGUCAGGAGACUCGCAUGCCGCAGCAGCUGCGGGCGGCGAUCGAGCUGAUCUCGAACAGUUAGAUGAGCUGAAAAAACGCAUGAUGAAAGACGCUGAAUCGCUUCUGCUUGACAAGUUCCCUGAUCGCAUUGCCCAACUAAACGCACUGCUCAAAUCACCAGAAUUCAAUCUUGAUCUGUCCUCGACGCACGCGAAACUCAACAUACCUCGACCUAACCCCUCGCUAGUUCGACUGCCCGCCACAGACGAGCCUGAAGCUAAACGGAGAAGGACCCUCUGCGAAGAUAGUUCGAUGAUGAGCACCGUCGAAGGGACCAAAGUAAUGACGAUGACUUACGGAACCGUUGACGUGAAUAAAACGGUUAUGCGACUUUUGGAGGUCGUCAAGCCCCACGUUCUUCAGCAACUCGAUGAUUGUAAUCUGUUGAAAAUGUGGAUCGAGUUUCUUAUUCCAAAGGUUGAGGAUGGCAACAACUUCGGCGUCGACAUCCAGGAAGAGUGCCUCAAGGAGGUGUCCACUAUCGAAAGUGAAGCAGCUACCUACGUCGAUCAAGGGAUGCGAUACUUUAUGGCACGCGGUAAGAUCGUCGCAAAGGUUGCAAAGUAUCCAUUUGUCGAAGACCUACGCAAGACUGUCGACGAAAUUGACGAAAGGCAUUACUUUAGCUUACGGCUAAUUGUUCAGGAACUCCGCAAUAACUACGCUGGUUUGCACGAUAUGCUAACGAAAAAUUUAGAAAAAAUCAAGAAACCUCGUAGCUCGAAUGCAACGGAGAGUCUCUAUUGAAUCUGUAUAUUGCUAUACGUACACACACAGAUCUGUUCAUUCCUCGCCAGAUCCACUAUGCUUGUAAGACAGUGUGAUCAAAUGGUGUCACUGUUUACCUAGGGGAAGAGCACGCUUACAGGCCACACAGAUAGACCUUACAUCAACAGUAAGUGAUGAUUCCGUUAAGCCGCACGAAUACUUCUGAUUACGCCUAUUUAAUGGUCUUCUUUUACUAAUCACUACUAAAUUUCGUUACUUGUUUGCAUAAUCUCGUAUCUAAGGCUUGGAUUCGUUAUAUGCUGCUUGUCCGUAACUUUCUCUUACGAUAUUGACCAACAUGAAGUAUAUCAGUGCGGCGAGAAACCAAAAUCUUGGUACUACGAAUUCGUGUACGUAGUGUUUAGGCACAUGAAGCGCGUGAGAGAACACAAAGAUCUGGUGUCGUGCGACUACCGUGUGCUCCAACAACGCAUUUCUUUUGCAAUGGAAGGCCGUGCUUCAACAAAACCGUAAUUCGUAAAAGGUACGAAACGUCCUGCCUUGUUCUUAGGCGAUGUACACAGAAAUCAAUAAAAAAAAAAAAACGUAGAAAUUAAUGUAGGAAGGAAAGUCUGUGGUAUGUAUAAUGUAUGAAUAGAGGGUUACGGAAUGGGAUUGAAAAGUAUGUGAAUUUAGGCAUGCAUGCACAGCAAUAGUAGCUUACGCUGUUGGCAGGGGAGAUGUUUACUGGCAGUUUUCAGGAUUUUCACAAAAUCCUAGUCACAACUUCAUAAAUAAAAGGCGGCCUAAAUUUUGCACUCUCUAUAAGUGGUAAUAUUUCCAGAAAAAAUCUGGAUUAUUUUUUUAGUAAAAAUAAACAGCAAACGAAACAGACAUGUAAAAAAUGUGUUAUAUAUUUAAUACUAUAAU